AUUGCACGCUAGAAUACAAGUACCAUGCCUCCCAAAGUGAGCUCCAAGGGCGCCAAGAAAGCCGGUAAGGCUAAGGCAGCACGUAGUGGUGACAAGAAGAGAAGGAGGAAGAGAAAGGAAAGCUACAGCAUCUACAUCUACAAGGUGAUGAAACAGGUGCACCCUGACACCGGUAUCUCCAGCAAAGCCAUGAGCAUCAUGAACAGCUUUGUCAAUGACAUCUUUGAACGUAUUGCCGGUGAAGCUUCCCGCCUUGCCCACUACAACAAGCGCUCCACCAUCACCAGCCGAGAGGUCCAGACUGCUGUCCGUCUCUUGCUGCCUGGUGAGCUUGCCAAGCACGCUGUCAGUGAGGGCACAAAGGCCGUCACCAAGUACACCAGCUCUAAGUAAAUCGA